CAGGUCACUUUCAACAUGGAGAGUGGAGCAGGAAAGCACUGGACUGAGGAAGAGGUUAAAGCUUUGCUAAGUGUCUGGGCAGAAAAAAAUAUACGAAAACAACUUUAUGGAACACUGAGAAAUAAAGGAAUAUUUAUUUACAUUGCUAAAAGGCUGCGAGCACUAGGAGUAUACAGAGAUUGGAAACAGUGCCGGGCAAAGUACAAAAAUCUCAAAUAUGAAUACAGAACAGUUAAAUAUGCCCACAACUCUGGAGACAGCUCUAAAACUAUGAAGUUCUUCCAUGAUUUGGAUGCCAUCCUGCAGUAUGAACCUGCCACACCAUUAACAGAGGAAGAUGCAAAUGACAGGUGCCUGGCAACGCUGAGCCCAAGUACAGCCCCAGUGACCACCGAAGGCAAAAUGUCAGUUACAUCAGAAGACAAGGAAGACAUCUCCGGAAAUCCUUUACUUCUGGUUUCUCAAGUCAGACCAAUGGAACUAGGUGACUCUACAGCAAUAAUGGAACCCCCUAAUAAUCCAACUGUCAUUCCAACUGUAGCAAAUGAAGGAGGAAAACACUGGACUGUACCAGAAGUCAGGGCUCUAAUAGGCAUCUGGUCUGAUCAAGGAAUACAACAACAACUAGAGGGAACAAUGAGAAAUAAAAGGAUAUUUGAACAAAUUGCUGCCAAGCUUCAGAAACUUGGAAUUGAGAGAGAUUGGAAGCAGUGCCGAACGAAGUACAAAAACUUAAAGCAUGAAUACAAGAUUGUAAGAACGGCUAGAGACCUAGGCAUGGCUAAAAGCAUGAAAUUUUUUACUGAGUUGGAUGCUAUUCUGGGAGACAAGAAAACAGAAAACUCACAACAGGAAUCCCAAGAUGAAGAACAAGCCACAGGAUGUGCCCAUGUAAAGAUGGAAGAGGAUCAGACAGAGGAAGACACUGCAAGUAAUGCCUCAGAUGAGGUGGGCGGCCCCACAGCACCUCAUGGUAUCCCUGGGUCAGAAUUAUUUGAAAAUCAUACCAAAAACCCAAGAACUUUGAGCAUCAAGAGAAAAGCACUUGAAGAUGAACCAGCAUCUGUAUCUCUUAAGAAAACUGCUUCUCAGAAGGCUGCAAAUCAGUUUCCUCAAAGAACAACAGAGCCAAAAGAUUCUUCAGAAUAUUUUUGCAGUCAGGAGACUCCCUACGUGACCCAACUUCAUCAGAGUCCUGCGUCUCUUCCCAACGCGGCCGAAACCCCCAGACCACUCCGGACAAUGGCGGCAGUCGAAGUACUGAAGAUUGGUAAGAAACUCUAUGAGGGUAAAACAAAAGAAGUCUAUGAAUUGCUGGAUAGUCCAGGAAGAGUCCUCCUGCAGUCCAAGGACCAGAUUACAGCAGGAAACGCAGCCAGAAAGAAUCACCUUGAAGGAAAAGCUGCAAUCUCAAAUAAAAUUACCAGCUGUAUUUUUCAGUUGUUACAGGAAGCAGGUAUCAAAACUGCUUUCACCAGAAAAUGUGGGGAGACAGCUUUCAUUGCACCUAAGUGUGAAAUGAUUCCAAUUGAAUGGGUUUGUAGAAGAAUAGCAACUGGUUCUUUUCUCAAAAGAAAUCCUGGUGUUAAGGAAGGAUAUAAGUUCUACCCACCUAAAGUGGAGAUGUUUUUUAAGGAUGAUGCCAAUAAUGAUCCGCAGUGGUCUGAGGAACAGCUAAUUGCUGCAAAUUUUUGCUUUGCUGGACUUGUUAUAGGACAAACUGAAGUAGAUAUCAUGCGUCAUGCUACACAGGCUAUUUUUGAAAUACUGGAGAAAUCCUGGUUGCCCCAGAACUGUACACUAGUUGAUAUGAAGAUUGAAUUUGGUGUUGAUGUAACCACCAGAGAAAUCGUUCUUGCUGAUGUUAUUGAUAAUGAUUCCUGGAGACUCUGGCCAUCAGGAGAUCGAAGCCAGCAAAAAGACAAACAGUCAUAUCGUGAUCUCAAGGAAGUAACUCCUGAAGGGCUACAGAUGGUAAAGAAAAAUUUUGAGUGGGUUGCAGAAAGAAUAGAGUUGCUUCUGAAACCAGAAAGUCAGUGCAGGGUUAUAGUAUUGAUGGGCUCAACCUCUGAUCUUAGUCACUGUGAAAAAAUUAAGAAGGCUUGUGGAACUUUUGGCAUUCCAUGUGAACUUAGGGUCACCUCUGCCCAUAAAGGACCAGAUGAAACUCUGAGGAUUAAAGCUGAGUAUGAAGGGGAUGGCAUUCCUACUGUAUUUGUGACAGUGGCAGGCAGAAGCAAUGGUUUAGGGCCGGUGUUGUCUGGUAACACUGCAUAUCCAGUUAUCAGCUGUCCUCCUCUCACUCCAGACUGGGGAGCUCAGGAUGUGUGGUCUUCUCUUCGAUUACCCAGUGGUCUUGGCUGUUCGACCAUCCUUUCUCCAGAAGGAUCAGCUCAGUUUGCUGCUCAGAUAUUUGGAUUAAAUAACCAUUUGAUCUGGGCCCGACUGCGAGCAAGUGUAUUAAAUACAUGGAUUUCCUUGAAGCAGGCUGACAAGAAAAUCAGAGAGGCCAAUUUAUAAGAAAGAAUAUCACUGCAUUUUUUUAGGAGGAAAACUAUAAUUUUCUAGUUUACCUGCCCCCCCACACAAUCAAGAUGAAAAGAUUUUAAAUCAUUGAGAGAAAAAUAAAAUUUGUAAGUGAAUAAAUGCUUUUCUCAAUUCAUGGAGUAGUAAAA